AUGGCGGCUGUAGUGGCGGUGACGGCUGGCGGUGGCGGCUGUAGUGGCGGUGGCGGCUGUGGUGGGGUGACGGCUGUGGUGGCGGUGGCGGCUGGUGGCGAUGGCGGCUGUGGUGGCGGUGACGGCUGUAGUGGCGGUGGCGGCUGUAGUGGCGAUGGCGGCUGUAGUGGGGUGGCGGCUGUGUGGGGUGGCGGCUGUAGUGGCGGUGACGGCUGUAGUGGCGGUGACGGCUGUAGUGGCGAUGGCGGCUGGUGGCUGACGGCUGUAGUGGCGAUGGCGGCUGUGGCGGCGUGUGGCGUGGCGGUGAGGGCUGUGGUGGCGGUGUUUGCGGUGGGGGCUGUAGUGGCGGUGGCGGCGUGUGGUGGUGGCGGCUGUACAUCUGUAACACCUGUUACAUCUGUAACACCUAUUGCAUCUGUAAAACCUGUUGCACCUAUAACACAUGUUGCACCUAUAACACUUGCCCCACCUGUAGCACCUGUAACACCUGUUGCACCUGUUGUACAUGUUGCACCUAUAACACCUGUUGCACCUGUUGUACAUGUUGCACCUAUAACACCUGUUGCACCUGUUGUACAUGUUGCACCUAUAACACCUGUUGCACCUGUUGUACAUGUUGCACCUGUAACACCUAUUGUACAUGUUGCACCUAUAACACCUGUUGCACCUGUUGUACAUGUUGCACCUGUUGUACAUAUUGCACCUGUUACACCUGUUGCACAUGUUGCACCUAUAACACCUGUUACAUGUUGCACCCAACACCUAUAA